CAGUGUGGAAUCAAGCUGUAAUAAAAAAAUUACACUAUUAUCAGAUACAAGGAAUGCUAUCAAAGGUCACUCCAAAUCAAAUCAUGCCUGCCUUUUUGGACUUGGUACUUCUUCUGUAAAUCCACACUGUUAGGCAGGAUUAUGGCUUUUUAGAUUAAGGUUUAGGGUCUAGGCUUAAUAGUAGUCCAAAGAGCAGUGUCAGAGGUAUCAAUGCAUCUCACAGUAGCGUGACUUGCCAUCACUUGUAUGAAUGCAUCUAUCACGCAUGCUAUAAUUUCUUUUUAGAUCAUAUUUGUAGUCACAGGAAGGCAUUCUCAUAACACAUAAGCGACAACUAAAUAGUGUAAUAUCAUGCUUGCAAUGUUUUUUAGUAGAUUUUUCAACGAUUAUGCGACUUUCUUGCAUCUAAAUUCUAAUUGGUCGUUCAGGGCCAUUGCGGUUUCGGCUAUAAUAGUUUAACUUUGCCUUUUAGUAUGUUAGAUUAUAUGAAAGUUAUGACAUCAAGCGGUUUUAAGGUAGACUUUGGUGCUUAGAUACUUCUGUAGGAUUCCUUGGGUGUUUAUAAAAUCCGCGAUAUGAAAUUUCAAAGCUUAGCCAUGCCAGCUGUGUCGGUAAAACUGUUAUGCUUAUCGGUAACGGAGCUGGAAAUAGUGAUUGCAGAAAAUGGGAAGAUGUUUACUUGAUGCUUAUUUCCAACCAGAAUCCAGCAGAGAGCAUUCCGAUCAAAGGGACGUUGUUUUUAACAGAUGAUGGAACAAAAGUAGGCAUUCACUGGGUUCCCCAUCAUGACCAAGACUCUUCUUUAUCGGAAGAAGAUAGAAAAGGAUGUGAAAUAGAUGUUAGAAAUAUGGAUUUCCUUAUUAUCCGGAAAACUCCAUUUUCUCCGUGUCGUGGAGUCUACUUGUCUCUAAAAUCCAAUGCAACAUAUGGGCCGUUUGAAUUCCGCAGUGGUGGUUCCUCUUCAUUUCUGCAAAAUCUGAGUAGUUUGGCUGAUGUUAGAAAAUGCGAUGAUUUUGAAAAUCGAUAUAGUGUAAGACCCCGUCCACAAAUAAAUUUCCAAUCUAAUUAUCAUCUUCCUCAACAUUAUGUACAAAACAAAAGACAGUUCAGUUCAGGAGUUGUUGGGACACCUUUUUCUAACCAAUUGGGUGCUUCAUUGAGAAAUAUUGGACUGCAUUUCAAUACGUUUGCGCAAAGUAUAUUAUCACCUAACUUAGAUGAAAAUGUUGCUCCUGAUGGGACUAUAGAGGAAUAUUUAACAAAAGGUAUUGCAGAAGAUCGCCAAAGAAUUGAAUCCACUCAUCUAAGAACUACAGAUGAAGGGGGUUUCGCUGUUGUUGAGCGGCGACCAAACCCAAUUUACCUCCCUCCACUGCCUAAUGUUCACCGUUCCUUACCGUUGAAUAUGAAUCAGUGGAAAAAGUCUUUGGACCCAGAAGGCCGGGUAAAUCGACCUGAAAGCUUACGUGAAAUCAUUUUUAAUGGUGGUAUUGAAAAAGAUUUGCGACCUAUAGUUUGGAAGUACUUACUCGGUUAUUAUCAAUGGACGUAUACUGAAGAAGAAAAUGAAAGGUUAAGAGUUGAAAAAAGUCGUGAAUAUCAUACACUGAAGGCAUUUUGGAAGUCAAUGUCCCCUGAUAGGGAAGCCAGAUUUACUUUGUUUCGUGAUCGCAAAUGUUUUAUUGAUAAGGAUGUCCCACGAACCGACCGUAAAACUGAUUUCUAUAGUGAUGAUAAUCGCGGGAAUUUGACACGCCUCUCAGACAUACUAAUAACUUAUGCUAUUUAUAAUAUGGAUUUUGGUUAUUUUCAGGGUAUGAAUGAUUUACUUGCGUUAAUUCUUUAUGUCGUAAAGGAUGAAGAGGAUUCUUUCUGGUGUUUUGUUGGUCUAAUGAAUAGACUAGAAUCCAACUUUGAUGGAGAGUUAAAUGCUGUAAGAGAACAGUUUAAUCAGUUAUUUUCUCUAAUUGAAAUAGUUGAUCCUGCAUUCAGCGAAUACCUUGAAAUGAAAAGUGCCAAAGAAAUGCCAUUCUGUUUUCGUUGGUUGCUAAUUCAUUUUAAAAGAGAAUUUUCCUACAAUGAUACUAUGGUUUUAUGGGAGGUAAUUUGGACAGAUUAUCGUACAAAAAAUUUCCAUAUAUUUUUCGCUGCUGCUGUGCUAUUAAUGCAAAGAGAUAAUAUAAUGAACAAGAAAUAUGAUGCAAAUAGUAUAUUGAAGCAUGUGAAUGAAUUAUCAAUGAAAUUCCACUAGAAAAAUCCCUUAAUUAUGCUACAGCUUUAUUGUCUCAGUUAGAACGAAUUUCCGAUUCUUUACCGAAAUCCGUACGUAAUGUUAUCGAUGGACAGUCGUUGGCGAUGACUAGACAUGUCAAUGAAUCAAAACAGAAAGGAAUCAAUUGUUCAGAUCCAUCGUCUAUGUACGACUAUUCGCCGACACUAUUAAAUGAAGAAUUAGAGGUGCUGAUGGAUAAUGAAAUGUAUGAUCCUAAUAAAGAUUUGACUAAUCAGUCUAUAUUAAUGAUACCUUCUGAUACUAAUAGACAGUUUUUUCAGUGAUUUUAAUGAAUUAACUAAGUUUAUUAUUAUUAUUAUUAUUCGAAACCAAGUGCAUUAUGUUAUGGGAUAGCAAGUCAUAAUGUUUGCAGUGUAUUAUUCUUUUCUUUUUAAUCAGACUCAUUAUUUAUUACAGAACUUAUGUAAUGUAUUUCACACACCAUAUAUAUGUCCCCAUCAUUUAUUGACUAAAAUGAUUAUCAUUCAACACCUUGAUUACAAACUGAAUUGAGCAACUUGAGUUAUGUUUUGCGAAAUAUUAUAUUACUUCUUGUAUCAUUUUGAUUUUGCUUGAUUGUUUUAGUUACAAAGUCGGUUUUUCUAUUUGCCAAAGCGAAACAUAGUUUUCUG